AUGGUCGGCCCGUGGCUGCCUCAACUCCUGUCCCGGGCGGUGAUCCUGGCGCUCUUUUUCCUUCCCCAGGCACGGCCGGCAGGCGUUUUCGAGCUUCAGAUUCACUCUUUCCGGCCGGGACCAGGUCCAGGGGCCCCCAGGUCUCCCUGCAGUGCCGGGGGCCCCUGCCGCCUCUUCUUCAGAGUCUGCCUGAAGCCAGGGAUCCCAAAGGAGGCCGCGGAGUCUCCGUGCGCUGUGGGCGCGGCGCUGAGUGCGCGUGGACCGGUCUACACCAAACUGUCCCGGGCUCCAGCUCCUGACUUGCCGCUGCCGGACGGCCUGAUGCGCGUGCCCUUCCGGGACGCCUGGCCGGGCACCUUCUCUCUCAUCAUUGAAACCUGGAGAGAAGAGUUAGGAGAGCAGGUUGGAGGUGAGUGUCUUCAGUCUUGGGAUUACUGUGUAGAAUGUGGGAAUUGGGGUCCAACCCCGGGACUGCGCCCCUGCGCGCCGGUGGAGGACGAGUGCGAGGCGCAGCCGGCAUGUCGAGCCGGCUGCAGCCCAGAGCAUGGCUUCUGUGAGCGGCCUGAUGAAUGUCAAUGCCUGGAAGGCUGGACUGGGCCCCUCUGCACAGUCCCUGUCUCCAGCAGCACCUGUCUCAGCUCCAGGGGCCCAUUCUCCGCUGUCACUGGAUGCCUCAUGCCUGGUCCUGGGCCUUGUGAUGGGAAUCCAUGUGCCAACGGGGGCAGCUGUAGUGAGACACCCGGAUCCUUCGAAUGUGCCUGUCCCCGUGGGUUUUAUGGGUUGCAAUGUGAGGUGAGUGGGGUGACAUGUGCGGAUGGACCUUGUUUCAAUGGUGGCUUGUGUGUGGGAGGUACAGACCCGGAUUCUGCCUACAUCUGCCACUGCCCACCUGGUUUCCAAGGCUCCAACUGUGAGAAGAGGGUUGACCGGUGCAGCCUGCAGCCAUGCCAAAACGUGCUGCCGGCCUUGGGGCUGCUGGUGGCUGCAGGUUUGGCCGGCGCUGCGCUCUUGCUGGUCCAUGUGCGACGCUGUGGCCCUGGCCGCGGUACUGGGUCCCGCUUGCUGGCGGGUACCCCGGAUCCAUCCGUCUUUGCGCUCCCAGAUGCACUCAACAACCUGAGGACGCAGGAGAGGCCCGGGGAUGACCCGAGCCCGUCAGUAGAUUGGAAUCACCACGAAGAUGGAGACUCUAGUGAGAUUUACGUCUUAUCUGCUCCUUCGGUCUGUGCUGGGGAGGCCUGACCUGCUCCUUCUCCAUCAGCGCCUGGAGACAGAGCCUGGAUAUUUUUGUAUUUACUUGAUGGUGCCCAACCAAUCUCUGCCUGACACUUCGGAG